CCAAAACGGCAAGGCCGUUGUGAACGUGCGCUUUCCUGCAGGUUAUUUGGCUCCAUGCCAGGGGAUCGCGCGGGCACCGCAGCUUACCGGAAUGUGCUCUCAGAUGCAAAAAUCUUGAGGUCUUCGCUAAGCCGGGCAGGAUGCAGAGCGGUCAGGCCUGGUGCCACGGAAACAUCACCCGGUCCAAGACGGAGGAUCUCCUCUCCAAGGCGGGCAGAGACGGAAGCUUCCUCAUUCGUGACAGCGAGUCCAUACAAGGAGCGUUUGCCUUGUGCGUUCUAUUCCAGAACUGCGUCUACACGUACAGGAUCUUGCCCAACGAGGACAAGAAGCUCUCAGUCCAGGCAUCAGAGGGAGUUCCUAUCAGGUUCUUCUCCAUGCUGCCGGAGUUGGUGGAGGCGUACCAAAACCCUAGCAUGGGCCUUAUCACACACCUGCAGUAUGCUGUCCAAAGGGAGGAGGAGCUGGAGGAGGAACCAGAAAACAAGGACCUUCCACCACAGCUCCCACCCAGGGACUUCCCGGCCGGAGAAGUGAAAGACGGGGCCACCAAGUCGUGUGAGCAGGGCCACAAGGGACUGUCAGAGACCUUCUUGAUGAGACUGCAGCACAUGGACAUGUCCACGAUAGCAGAGGAGCAACAAGCGCUGAUCCUGGACUACUUCAGGACCUCGGUGUGUCUGGACGCUGAACAAGUACAGAACGGGAACCACAACCUCCCUGGACUCAAGAAGCUGACCACGGCCAUCUGCAAGAACCUGAACGGUGAAAUCUCCCGCGUCCUGCCAGCCCUGGAGGUUUGCCAGAGAGCGUUGGACCAGCAACCCUGGCCAGGGACGGGACCGCCUCCGAGACAAGUACUGGGGCACGUCGGAUCUGGUGAUUCCUUCCAGAAGGAAAACGUUGGUCUUUUUUUCCUUUCCAGAUUCCGGCAGAUUGCGGCCAGUCUGUGUCCAUCAGGCUGGAACAUCUCAACAAAGUCCUCUACUCCCUGGAGGAGAAGGUACGUCCUUCCCAGUCUGGGCUGGAAUCUCACCAGGGUCUCAGUCCAUGGACCACUUCUGUCCUUUCAGGCCAAAAACGCUGUCUUUGACUCCGUGGGCUACGAGGGAGGCCACAAAAAGUCGCUCAUCCCGCCUGUUGUCUUUGAGGUCAAGCAAGAAUCUCUUGGAAUUUCCACCAAGAUGUUCAUGAAAGUGGACGUCGAGGGCGGCAAGCUGCACAUCACCAAGUUAAAGGACGGACCUGACGACAAAUACUUUGUACACGAUAAAAUCCGGCAGCUGGUGAAGUCCCAGAAGAUGCACGCCAAGCUGGUCAUCGUGGUGGAGACGGAGAAGGAGAAGAUCCUGCGCAGGGAGUUUGUCUUCGACAACGCCAAGAAAAGAGAAGGCUUCUGUCAGCUCCUCCAGCAGAUGAAGAACAAACACUCCGGGAAACCUGAACCGGACAUGAUCACGGUCUUCGUGGGCACCUGGAACAUGGGGAACGCCGGUCCGCCCCACGGCACCAGCUCCUGGUUCCAGUGCAAAGGUCAAGGCAGGACCCAGGACGAUACGGCCGACCUCAUCCCGCACGAUAUCUACGUGGUCGGCACCCAGGAGGACCCUCUGGGCGAGAAGGAGUGGGCGGACGCGGUGAAGAGCGUGCUGAGGAGCGUCACCAACAUCCACUUCAAACAGGUGGCCGUCCACACGCUGUGGAACAUCCGCAUCGUGGUGCUGGCCAAGCCCGAGCACGAGAACCGGAUCUCGCACGUUUGCUCCGACAGCGUGAAGACGGGGAUCGCCAACACUUUGGGGAACAAGGGAGCGGUGGGCGUGUCCUUCAUGUUCAACGGAACCGCCUUCGGAUUCGUCAACAGUCACUUGACCUCAGGAAGUGAGAAGAAACUCAGGCGGAACCAGAACUACCUGAACAUCUUACGCUUCCUGAAUCUGGGAGACAAGAAGCUGAACCCGUUUGACAUCACCCAUCGCUUCACGCACCUCUUCUGGCUCGGCGACCUCAACUACCGCGUGGACUUACCCAACACGGAAGCAGAGUUCAUGGUGUCCAGGAUCCGGCAGCAGCAGUACCAGGACCUCCUGUGCAGAGACCAGCUCAGCAUGGAGAGGACCGAGCAGAGGGUCUUCCUGCACUUUGCCGAGGAGGAGAUCACCUUCGCACCGACAUACCGCUUUGAGCGCUACACCCGAGACAAGUACGCCUACACCAAGGCCAAGGCCACCGGGACUAAAUAUAAUUUGCCGUCGUGGUGCGAUCGCAUCCUGUGGAAGUCCUACCCUCUGGUCCAUGUCGUCUGCCAGGCGUACGGGUGCACUAACGACAUCAUGACCAGCGACCACUCACCUGUGUUUGCCUCCUUCGAAGUGGGCGUGGCCUCACAGUUUGUCUCCAAGCGAGAUCCGAACAGCGCCCCUCAAGGUGGCAUCCAGAUCAUGAACUGCAAAGCCACCCUGCUGACCAAGUCUAAGACCAAGUUCUUCAUUGAAUAUCACUCCAGCUGCCUGGAAAAAACUGUCAGAACGUGUGAAGGUGAGAACACGGAACACUUGGAUGGAUCCAUCAAAGUCUGGUUUGGCAACCAAGUGCAGCUCACUCCAAUCAUCUCGGACGCCGAGUACCUUCUGGACCAACACAUCCUGAUCUGCGUCAAGUCCACGGACUCGGACGAGUCGUACGGAGAAGGUUGUGUAGCGCUGCGAGCCGCCCAGUUCUGCUACACCGAGUUCCAGGUGGCCCUGACACACCACGGCGAGAACACGGGCGUGUUGACCGGCGGCAUCCAGCUGCACACCUCUGAGGGCAAACCCACUGAGAAGUUAUACGACUUCAUCAAAGUGGAGAAAGACGACACAAAAGGCAAAAGUGGCGAGGCCAACAAGACGUCUGCUGGCCAAGUGCACGACGUGUCCAACCCCAGUUACAUGGAAGUGUCGCACAGAAGCACCAACGUGAUCGCCAAGGGGUGGAGCUACAGCAUGCCGCCCAAAACCCUGCCCAUCGCCGCCCAGGCCGGUAAAGACUCCAAGAAGAGUCCCACCGGCAAACCUCCCAAACCAGCGUGUGUGGAGGCCUCCAAGAUGUUUGACAAUCCUCUCUAUGGAUCCACGCGCACCGCUCCAAGCCAAGGCAAGGAUCAGGAGAAGAACCACCUCCUGCCCCCUGAGCCCACCUUCUGGCCCAAGCCGCCGGAGGGCCCCCCGGUGCCGACCCCUCGCAACCGCUCCUUCACCUGCUCCGAGUCCAAACCGCCGACCGCCGUGGCCCAGCACAAGAAGCCGGUGGUGCCGUCGCGCUCGCAGGGCUCCGCCAGCAGGCCGCCGUUACCCGCCAAGGCUCGGCCCCCGGGGCCCCUGGAGCUACAGGCCCCCAAGGCCAAGGACUACAGAGACAGCUCAGAACUCCCCGGCAAGCAGCGGGCGGCGCUGAGGGCGGGGCUGACCCAGUCCCAGAAGGACCCUAAGGGAGACCAGCAGUAGUCACUUCCUGGGUUUGGAAGCGCUCUUCUCUGAUUGGUCGCAAGGAACAGGAAGUGACUCAAAACACAAUGGUUUGUAAUUUUAACAGAGGUGGGCGAUACGACCAUUUUGGUAUCGAUCGGCCAAUAUCGCUGACACCAAUAUUCAUACAAAUUGUGUUUUUGUCCUUUAAAUCUGUUGAUCAUUAUAAUAAUCAUAAUUAGAUGUUUUUUUGCCCCAAAUCUCUCCUUUGUCCCGUGACUUAUUGUUUAAUAAAGCAACAUAUAGCAAAAACAACAUAAAAAAAAACACACGUUUGUGGAAAUAAACUCUUUCAUAAUGCUCGCUUUUUUUUUUUUUAGACACUGGGUUUAUGUAACGGAAUUUUUCACUUUUGAAUUUAGUGUUCUGAAUUUUUUUGGACAUCAAAUUUUGCUGACAUUUUUAAUUGAAUUAAAAAAAGUAAGUGAGCAAAAACGUAUGUUUAAAAUACAGUAGGUCAAAAUACAAUGUUCUGAAAUUCAGUGUGUAAAGAAUAAUUCAGUGUAAAGAAAAAGUUGCGAAAAACAUCAGUGUAUAAAAAUUCAGGGUAAAAAAAUUCUGUGUAAAAAAAUUCAGUGUACAAAAAUUCAGUGUAAAAAAAAUUCAGUGUAAAGGAAAUUAAUUGUAUACAAAUUCAGUGUAAGAAAUUGAGUGUAAAAAAAUUGAGUGUAAAAAAAUUCAGUGUAUAAAAAUGCAGAGUAAAAAAAAAUUCAGUGUAUAAAAAUUCAGUGAAAAAAAAUUCAGUGAAAAUAGUUCAGUGUAAAUAAUUCAGUGUAUAACAAUUCAGUGUAAAUAGUUCAGUGUAUAAAAAUUCAGUGUAAAAAAAAUUCAGUGUUAAAAAUUCAGUGUAUAAAAAUUCAGUGUAAAACAAAAAUCAGUGUAAAAAAGUCCAGUGUAUAAAAAAUUCAGUGUAAAAAAAUUCAAUGUAUAAAAAUUCAGUGUGUAAAAAUUCAGUGAAAAAAAAUUCUGUGUAAAAAAAAUUAUGUGUAUACAAAUGCCGUGUAAAAAAAUUCAGUUUAAAAGAAAUUCAGUGUAUACAAAUUCAGUGUCAAAAAAAUUCAGUGUCAAAAAAAUUGGGUGUAUAUAAAUUCAGUGUAAAAAAAAUUCAGUGUAAAAAAUUCAGUGAAAAAAAAUUCAGUGUAAAGAAAUUCAGUGUAUAAAAAUUCAGUGUAAAAAAAUUCAGUGUAAAACAAUUCAGUGUAUAAAAGUUCAGUGUAUACAAAUUCAGUGUAAAAAAAAUUCAGUGUGUAAAAAAUCAGUGUUAAAAAAUUCAAUGUAUA